UGGAGGAGUUUGGAUGCUUCGGUCGAGCUAGUCUGCCGCUUCUCACUCGAAUUCAGCACAAGUUCUUGGAGCAACUUUCAGCGGACGAAGUAGUUGGAAUAUCUGGACCAGGAAUGGAGCUGUCGAUAGUCAGGGUCUGCUGUGUUCUGCUGAGCCUGUUUACAGGUUUGACCUCUGGUCUGGACAUUACAUCUACAGGGCCGACGUCUAUAGAGAAGGCCAGUGGUCAGAGUGUGAAGCUGGACUGUCAGUUUGCUCUGGCCGCUGAUGACGCUGGCCCGCUGGACAUCGAAUGGAGCAUAUUAUCCUCCGACAACCAGAAAGAGGACAAAGUGGUGAUCUUUUACUCGGGUGACAGGGCCUAUGUAGACUACUACCCCCCUAUGAAGGGCCGAGUCCACUUCAACUCAGCCGACCCCAAGAAUGGUGAUGCCUCCAUCAUUCUGACGGGGCUGAUGUCGUCGGAUUCUGGCACCUACCAAUGUAAGGUGAAGAAGGCUCCUGGGAUCCGCAGCAAGAAGAUGCUGCUCAUCGUCAUGGUGAAGCCUUCCAAGCCCAGGUGCUACGCUGAAGGCCCAACACAGGAAGGCAAAGACGUCGUUCUGAGGUGCACAUCCAACGAGGGCACCAACCCGCUGCAGUACAGCUGGGAGAAGACCAGUCCCAACAAGCUGCUUCCUGCCACCGCUGUGUUGGAUCCUGUUGGAGGAACAGUGAACGUGAGGAACGCAUCUGCCAGCGCAUCUGGUACCUACCGCUGCACCGUCGCUAACCGCGUCGGCACUGAGGACUGUAUACUGCAUCUGAACGUAACGCCUCCUCCCAACACUGGCGGCAUCAUCGCAGGAGCCAUAAUUGCAGUUCUCCUGAUCCUCCUCAUUAUUGCUAUCAUCCUCUUCUGCUGCUGCCGCGCCCGUCACAGGAAGAAGUAUGAGAAGGAGAUCUGCAAUGAGAUCAGAGAGGACGUCCCUCCUCCGAAGAGUCGUGUUUCCACGGCACGCAGCUUCACCGUCGGCAGCCAGCGCUCCUCCCUGGGCUCCAUGUCGCCUUCCAACCUGCACGAGUAUGCCCUGAAGCCCCAGUACGACAAGAUCCCCUCAUCGGAGGAGUACGAGAGGCCUCCGAGCCACGUACCUCUGCCCCCGCCCACUGCACCCAAGAUGGCAGGCCCCAACCUCAGCCGCAUGGGGGGCAUCCCCGUUAUGAUCCCGGCGCAGAACAGGGACGGCUCCAUCGUCUAGCCUAAGGGGAGCGUGAUACGAGGGGAGGGAUGGGAGGAAAGGAGUGGGACUUAAACAAAUGAAGAUGGGCUGCCUCGGCUGACUUUUAGCUCUUCAUUAUUUACACAAUGGGAGUUUUGUCCUCUUAUGAAGACCGGCUCUGCUGUGGUGCUGGGAAGAGAUGAGAUGAGUUUUACUGGAAUCACAACAGAGCACAUUAACUUUUUAUCAAAUACAAAUACGAAGGAAAAAAAAAAAGAACUUUUAUGAAUUUUACUUAAUGGACUUUGUCACAGAAAGAUGAGUUAGUGUGGAUAUAAAGCAGAAUGGUCAAUAUACAAAUUAUAUUGUACAUAGAUGAAUGCAUGUUUUUCUGUUUUCAUAUAGAUGGCCCUUGCUGUAGAGAAACUGUAUGUUUAAAAAUGAUCCAGGAUUCUUAUUGGCCAGCUGUGCAGCCGUAUGCAUGCAUGUUUGUAUAGUCCUGCAGAUGUAUGUGUGUGCGUGGAUUUAAAUGUGUGUGUGUGUGAGCGGGAGAUGGGAACUGUAGCUCAUUGUCGUCUUUUAAUGCCUACAUAACAAUAUGAUCAUUUUUCAGGCCUGACACUCUCAACUUGUUUCAGACAGAUUUUUAAUUCUACAAAUUGAACCUAAAAUGAUUCCUUACGUUUUAGAUUUUUUAUAAAUUCUUUGACGGAGUCGAAGAAUUUAGGUCAGCCGUUUUCUGUCGAGCUGUUUGAAUCGUCCAGUCCGGCUGCAGUUUGGGGUUGGAGUCGUUAGGAUUGGCUGGUGAUUAGGGGGAGGUUCAAGCCGCCUUAUCUUGUGAUUGGGUGGAUUACUGCUUCUUGACCACGCUUAAUAAACAAUAAAAGAUCCCCGUCCCCCACCCCAUCCCCCUGCAGAUCUCAGAGGAGGUAGUGUACUUGGAACUAAGGGGGGCAGCUGGACAGCAAGGUUCACCGAGCAAUCUACUUUGAUUAGGUUUGACUGUGAACAGACCCCCCCGACCCCCGUGACCAGCAGAACAUGCUGCCCUACCACACGCCAUGUUAGGAAAAAAACAGCAAGUCUUAAUCAUCAUCUCAAGUAUCAGUCCCCCCCCCCCCUUCAGAUCUGCAUCGUGUGUAAUCCCCCUUAUUUGCAUUACAAGGAGCCAAUAUCUUGAUUAACCUUCUCUCUCUGUGGUCAAAAGGAAACCUUGCACGGCUCUCGGGGUGUUAAUUGGACUUUUUAAUGAAGGUGAUUUUGAGAUGAUGUCGAGCCUACGUUCAUGAAGGAAGAGCCCACAAAGAGGAAGGAAUGUGAAAUGCCUUAGAGAGCGGCAUGACACGGCUCUGAAGCUGCUUUAAAACCACUGUGAAGGACUUCUCUGAGUUCUGAAUAAUAUUAGAGACUUUUUAAUGCCAUAUAUUCAUUUAACUCUCAGUACCUGGAAGUACCAAUCUGAUACCCGUGAAUAAUAAAUAGAUGAAUAUGACUCAGCAUUUUUAAUACAUGAAGAAAUGCAUGCAGAUAAUGACUGCUCAACAACUUCAUUUUAAUUCAUGUUCAUCCGUAUAAGGACCCCAAGGACCCAAGACAAACACUUCACAUUUAACACCUUGGAUUAUUUGCUAAACCGAUCCCUAACCGAGUGUUCAAAUACUUAAAAAAAAAGUUUUUUAAAUUAGGCUGAAAAAUGAACUGAGAAAUACAAAUUCUAUUAGUAGAGGAUUUUUCUGACUCCUCGUUUGAAACUUUUUUUUUUUUUGCGUGUUUGAACUCAUUUUAAGUUCAUUUUCUUUUUUUAACGUAGUAAAUAAUCAACGCAGGAUGACUAAGAUGACUCAACGUAACUCAUCUAAAAACAACCUGAGCGAAUGUAAGCAGCAGCAAAGAGCACUCGGUCAGCCGGAGCAUGGGAGGAGGAUCUCAUUGAAGGAUUUGAUAGUGACAUUGCAACCCUUCCUGUUUUUGGAGGGUGGGGGCUGCAGAAUUUUCUCCUACAGCUACUUGAUAUUUUUCAGGGCUAAUUCUGGUACUUGAUUGAUUUAUGGUCUUGCAUAUUGCUCGUACAGAAUCCCUCGUUUUAGACCGUAUUGGUGGGAUUUCUGAUAACGUAGUGGACCUGGAACAACUCUUGAAAAUUUGUUUGUUCAGUCUGUCCAUGUUCAUUGCUUUUAGAUGUUUCUUCCACUGUGCGGGUUAUUUAACUCUCAAAUCAUCCCCCAUCAUUUAUCGUUUGCUUUCAUAGUUAGAAGCCCAACAUCUCAUCUUGUCUGCAGCAAAAUCGCUAUGAGUACUCUUGAGUUUGUAAAGUUUGUUUUCUCUGAAGCCUUAUUCUACUCCUUAUUUGAGCCUUAUACAUACCUCCCCCUCAGUGCACCUCUGUACAGCCCCUCACAGCUGGACUCGUACUAGCUUCUAUUGUGCCUUGUUGCCCCGGAUGAGUCGUAUCAUAGCAACCAACAGAUGUGCGCUGGAGCUAUGUGUAGUAGCAUCGACCUGAGCAGCCGUCUCAGCCUCUAGAACGAUAUACUUAUCAGCACACGGCGGGAGUAUCAAUCGUUUUCUGUUGGACUUCACACACACACACACACACACACACACACACACCUCAAACACUUCUCAUAGCUUAAAAAAACCUCUAUCACUGUCUUAAAGCUUUUGUUUUUAUAUUUCAAAACAUGACUUCAUGCUUUGUUUUUUUUAAACUUUAUUUAAAAUGAAGUAAAUUGGUGUUUUUUUUUUUUUUUAAAGGUUCUGACUGUUUGUAUAGAUAACCUGUCGAAGUAACCCUAUCUAAUCACUACACAGUGGAAUGACA